CGGCGGCGGCGGCGGACACUUCCGCGGCUUCCACGACCGGGCUCGCGCUCUCGGAGGCGAGCAUCAACUGGGAGAGGUUGGACAAGACAAAGUUUCAUGUCAUUGGAGCAAUCCUAUUUACGGCCCAGCAAGGUGUUCUGCACCCAACAGCUGUUGUGAAGACUAGAAUGCAGGUUGCCGAAGGAGGACUUUCACAUAUGUCUGGCUUUGUCGUUUUUAGAAAGAUAUUGAGGAGUGAUGGCAUCCCUGGUGUUUUCAGAGGAUUUGGCACCAGUGCAGUUGGAGCUCUGCCUGGACGAAUCUUGGCUCUAACUUCACUAGAGAUCUCCAAAGAAAUGGCAUUUAAAUACUCUGAGCAUUUCGAUAUGUCCGAGGCAUCAAGGAUUGCUGUUGCUAAUGGUGUAGCAGGCUUAGUGUCAAGUACCUUUUCAAGUUCAUAUUCUGUACCCCUAGAUGUGGUUUGUCAGAGGCUCAUGGUUCAGGGAUUGCCAGGGAUGCAAACAUAUAGAGGCCCAUUUGAUGUGAUAAAUAAGGUUGUCAGGAGUGAAGGCCUCCGGGGCCUUUACCGAGGUUUUGGAAUUACCCUUUUAACUCAAUCACCAGCUUCUGCCCUUUGGUGGAGUUCAUAUGGUGGGGCUCAACAUGCUAUCUGGAGGAGCUUGGGCUACGGAAAUGGUACGCAGAAGAAACCCUCCCAUACAGAACUUGUUGCUGUGCAAGCAACAGCUGGAACAAUUGCUGGAGCUUGCUCAUCGAUUAUCACUACACCAAUAGAUACCAUCAAGACCCGGCUUCAGGUAAUGGACAACUAUGGCAGUGGAAGGCCAUCCGUCAUGAAGACUACCAGGCUGCUACUGCGAGAAGAAGGCUGGAGAGGUUUAUACCGAGGGUUUGGACCACGCUUUCUUAACAUGUCUCUGUGGGGUACAUCAAUGAUUGUCACAUACGAGCUAAUAAAAAGACUUUCUGUGAAACCUGAACAAUGAGCCUCUUGGCUUCUGCUCCACGUAUCUGGUCAUCAUUUCCGUUUUGGCCAUCUAGUGAAUUUCUUUUGGUACAGGGAUUGGCAUGUAACACCGGUUGGAAAUUCUUGGUGCAAGUCCCCUUAUAAAGUCUGACAUGUUUCUGUACGGAACUACCCUGUAAAUACCUCCAAGUGCUGAAGGGUGCUCGUUUCAGAUGAGACACUCGUAGAAAAAGGGCCUGUUGUCUUGGUUCG